CAGCUGACACACUCGUCUCUCUUCAGAAGCGGACAGCAGCUCGACCCUCAACCAUGCGGACUCCGGGGAUCCUGAUAUUCGGCAUGGUCCUGGCCCCCUGCGGAUGGAUCCUGGACCUGACCAGCACGGUCGCGCCCAACUGGCGCACCAUCAACAACCUUGCAAACCAGCCUUCGGAUCUGGUGGUGGAACAGGGAAUCUGGGACAUCUGCACGAUCUCCACAACGUCUAGAUCCCAGCAGUGCAACCUGCAAGGCAAUGACCAAAUUUAUUUUAGCAACCAGAUCAUUCCGAUCGCUAAAGGAAUGAUGGUCGCGUCGUUGAUUGUGACACUGCUGGGCCUUGCAUUGGCAACACCUGGAGUCAGAUGCUGGAAGGACAGACCCAGGUGGAUACUGGCUUCUUUGGGUGGCCUCCUUAUCUUCUGCUCCGGAGUCCUGACCAUUAUUCCCAUCGCGUGGUACACUUAUCUCCUCAACAGCCUCAAUUCCACCUCCGUCAAAAGAGAUCCAAACAGAGCAGAUGACAUCCGCGUUGGCUACUGCAUCAUUUUGGGCUACAUCGGAGGCAUCAUGGAGGUCCUCGGGGGUUUCGUGAUGUUCCUCGGGAUUUGCUCCUGCUGCGGCGGACGCAACCGUGGAGAAAAGUCUCUGACCAACACACAACGGCCCGUGAACAGACUCACGCCUCUGCCGAGGGUCAACCUACCGAGAAGCUCCAGCAGGAGCACUGAGAGCAGCGUGCCGUACUCGCAGAAGUCACUAGACGAUGACCUGGACUUCCCAAGAGCCAAAUCCCGAGACAGAGGAUCCGUCAACACAUCCUACACCGGAAGACCUUACGAUGCUGAUCUGUGAAGUUAUUAGCUUAGUACAUACUGUGAAUAUCUUCUGAGCAGUAACAGACCUGAUCGAUGUUUGAAACAACCGCACUCUUGAAAAAUAAAGUUUUUAUCUUCACUGAUGGUUCCUUUUAGAACCUUUAACAUCCACAGCUUUCCAUUGCACAAAAGUUCUUUAUAUUGGAAAAGCAUUGUUUAGGUUCGUAGCGUUCUUAAGAAGAAAUUAUUUGUUGUUUAGGAGUUUUCAGUGAAAGGUGGAGUGUAGAUGAGUGUAUGGUACACUUGUUACACCAGGCUUUUUCUUACUUUUACAAGUACUUUGCAUGUUUACAACAGUUACUGAUUGUGUUUGCCAGUCACACUUUAAAGCUAAGCAACAUGAAGUUUUUCAUUUUAGAGUUGUAAAUAGACUAAAUGUAACUUCUUGUUGAAAGAUGAGCUUCGUAAUGCAGGAUUGGAUUUUAUAAAAACGAACUCAUUUGAACAAAGGAUGUCUGUGCAAUAUGUUCUUUUGCUGUGGAAUAACAAGCUGGAGUUGGAAGAAUUACCAGGGCUUUCUGUGAUGCGGUGUAACUAGUAAUACUGGUUGAUUCAGUUUGAUCGCAUGUUUGAACUGUCAGGUGACCUGUGAGUCAUGAAGUAUGUUGCUCCAAAAACCAAGAUUGUUGUUACCAAAUACCUACCUUUUUCUUUAAAGCCAUGGCUAUACAUAUUGUCAAAUAUUCCAGUUUUUCCAAGGUUGUCUGCCAUAGAAUAAAACAUGUUCAGCUGUUUCUUGAGCAGACAACGUGCCUUCAGUCUGGAAGUCUCAAAAAAACGUACCUGUUAUACAACUGACUGCAGAACAAAACAUGCAAUGUAUUACAACGCUAGAUUAAUAAAGUGAAUCAUUAACUAUAAACAGA